AUGAGCAAUGAGGUCAGUCUGAUGAACCCCAUUCAGCGGGAGCAGGAUGAUGAUGAUUGGGAGACGGCCGAUCUGUCAAACACCGCUCGCAAAAAUCAGGGGUCUUCAAGGCCUGCUGUAGGCGGAACUGCGGCCUCUCUCCGACCUUCCGCGCCAGCCUUUGUACCUCGUCCGGCAGCGCCUUCUAAACCGGCAACCGGACAACCUAGCAGGAACAACUCAGGUGACGAUGAAUGGUUCGGAUCAAGACGACCCGUCUCGAAUCGUCAGAUAUGGGAGAGCGCAAAUAAUUCAGCUCCGCCGACUGUGAUCGCCCCAUCAGCGGUACACAUCGACGCAGGCACUAUCGGCACUCACAUGCCUCCUGCACCUGUCAUGCAAAUCCUCCGCAGGCCAGCCGACUCCACCGGUAAUACAGGUCGAAGGUCAACGCCUGGAACUGGGACAAAAACAUUGGAAAGGCGAGAGGAGGAAUACCGUCUAGCAAGAGAGAGGAUUUUCGGGCCACCAACAGGCAGCAAUGAACCCGGUCAGGCUGCGUCCAGCGGCACGCAUAGCGCCAAUCGGAGUAGAAGUGGUACUCCAACAGGAGGAAGGAGUAAAGCAGGUUCACCUCAACCUGGCUUCAUAGGCGAUUCGGGUUACGGAGGACCGCACACUACUGGAAGACUCUCUGGGCCUGGCGAGAGGAAGACGUCAUCUCCUGGUAUCAUGAGACAGCCCAAAGGGCCCUCGGCAGGUGGAGGGUUCGGACGAUGA